AUGGAAAGUUGCAAGUCCAAGACAGAGUCUCGGCUCUUGCAAUCUCUGAACCAAUUCAUCGGGAUUCUGGCACAUCUAGAGGAUUCGUCCCAGACCUCUACAAGUGCCAGCUCGAAACUGGCGGCAAACUAUCUUCGACUGAACCUCCUCUCACAGCUGCGACAUUUUCAUUCCGUUGCAGACGGGGUCAAAAAGCUGGAUUCGAAAGAGAGGGACAUUUUGGUACAGUGGUGGAUAACGUUACUCAACUUCCUCAACAGCGACUGUCGUGGCCAAGAGCUUGACUCAGGGCAUCCGCUUAUUAGCACUGACGUAUGUUCCGUCGCUCUGGAAUGCGUCAGCCGGAUUCUGACGCUCACAGGGCUUGCCGCCACAUCCAAACGAGAACUGGAAAUAGUGGCCUACCACACCCUUCUGACGGUCCACUAUGUCACAAACAGACUCAUUUUCAACACAAAGCGGCGCAAAGUGAUGGUGACUAGUAAGCAGUUGGCUCCAGCCUUUGUGAAACAGCAACUCAACCAUCUGACUCAGUAUAACACUCUUCUCAAUUCAUUCAUGGGCAAGUUGAUGGCGUAUGCCUUUUUUUAUUUAGAGGCAUCGUUUUAUUACGAUUAUUUGGUUCUCGACUUUCUAGAGCCAGGCGUUUACCCCGCAGCCCGCUCUUUCACUGCAUUUCCUUGGAAAACUAAGGACUAUAAACCUGGCUUCCAGAAGAUUCACAUUAAUCCUCAAGAAAAGAUAAAGGAGCAGGAUAAAAAGAUCUUUCGAAUUAUGAUAUCGUAUUUGAAAAACGAUGCCAUCUUCAUGGGUUUUUACUGGCAUUACUGGCAUAUAGCCUUAACACGGCUCUCUGCGAUGAACGUACGAAAAACUGAUCCACAAUCAGUUCCAGGAUGCAAGCUUCUGAUUCGUUAUAUUAGCAAGAAUCUUGACACUGAUAUCUCAGCAUUUACUCGUUUUCUUAGAUCCCAGGAAAGCGAUAGUUUUCUGCAUACUCGUCCGAACGGUCAAACUACCUCGUUGACAAGUGAGCAGUUGAACAAUUUCGUCUUUGUCAACUUCAAAACCAUAAAGCUUUGGGAAUGUUUGAGAGCAUUAGUCGGAUGUUUAGACCCCGCAAUACCCGAGCUCCUUUGCAGCCUGAUUAGGCUGCAUGACGAUUUGCAUCUUAAAAGGCUUGCCAAGAUACCUGCACAUGACUACCAGCUGGCCAAUCUCAUGUAUAACCGAAUACUCCAGUUCAUUUUAUUCCAAUUUGAAACUAUGAAUCAUUAUUUGAUGGCCCUUGAUUGGCGAAAAUGGAGCGACGGGCUGAGGCGUAUGCUUGAAAGUUUAAAUGUUAAUUGCCAGAGUGUGGCUUUGUUGUCGUUAUUCAAUAUCUGGGAUUUCCUUCCGAUGCAGCAUGACCUGCGUGCCGAAAUGAGUACUUUACUGGUCGUGGAUAUGUGGAAUUCAUUGGGUAAAGAUACGUAUUUCGACGUCGUGAGAAUUCUCUUUUUCAAAAUCGUAGUUUUCCGUUUAUUGAACGAUUCAUCCUGGGAUAACAGUAUGGUGAAAAAUCAGAUUGCUGACAAACUACUGGGAUGCUACCAACAGGCUGUGCAGCUUGCUGAGAUACUUCCUAAGCAGGUACAACCGAACGCCACCAAGGAUUCCCUCAUUUUCCAUAUAAACAAAAAGCUGAUUCUGUCAAAAGUUGACCCUGUUAAUGAAGAUACCUUAAUUCGCGACUAUGAAACUAGUCAGAAAAGUACGGAUAAGAAACAUCAGAUAUUGAUUCCUUCUGUUUUGGCUGUGACAAACGUGAGGCCCUCUUUCUUGAUCUCGCAAGGUCGCUACCCUUUUGACAUUUUAGAUGAGAUGGUUCUCAAGGCUGCCAGGAAAGCUGCUCAGCAACGUCGAGAGAACGCGGUCGCAGAUGCCAAAUUUUCCAGGCAGUUCAGUAAAAGCCGUUCCACGAGUAUCAGCAGUAAAAGUACGAAUGAAUCUGCUCUUGAAGAAGAUGAUGAAACCUCGGUAGCCAGCGCGUUAGGGUCGUUUCUCUCGAAAUUUGGAAACUCAAGUUCAACUACGUCCAAGAAAGCGAAAGCUUCGCUAUCUGAACGACUAGCAAGAGGUACCUACGGGAAGCAUAGAAAAGCUUCCGACAGCGUCUUCAGCACUGAUACCAAGCAGGACAGUGAGUCAGUUGAGAUCAUGUCGAUGUAUUCUUCACUAUCCUUGACGUCUUCUCUAUCGGCAAAUCGAAGCUGCUCAUCAUUAGAAUUGCGCACUCAGCAGUCAAAUAUUUCGUCAGAUUCAUUGGCACAGAGGAUGUUAGGUGUUAAAGAGGAGCUAAGCGAAGCUCCUUCGUCACCGUCACAGAAGAAGAAGAAGCUGUUGGCACCAUCAGAACUUAAAUUUUCGAAGACUGUUAGUGAUAGUACACCAAUUCAGUGGUUUUUUCGCCUGGUUACGGCGCCCAUGUCAGGCUCCUCGUCCUCGGCCAUUGCCAAAGUGCAAGAAGCGAAUGAUCGGUGGGGAAUUUUUAGCGCAAGAACUUAUGAUAAACCGCUGCCCCCAACAGUUGCUAACAAUCUGAACACUGAGCUUGAUGACACUUUUGACGUGUCUUCCGUUACUGCUGGUAUGAAAGACCUGGAUGUUUCUGGAAAGCCCAUGGCCGAAUCUAGAGAACAAUAUGAAAAUAGCAUUUCCUCCAACACCUCAGAGGUUCCAUAUCCUGAUCUGGGUAGCCUGGGGCUCAUAUCAUCAACUUUGCCCACGACUAAUCUCGACGAUCGAACGAUCACGUUCGACUCUAUCGAAGAGCGGCCAAUAGAUUCAAUGGACUGCCUACUGCGCGGAACCGAUUCUGGUGUAAAACUUACAAAACGAACAGCGGGCAUAAUGAGAGAAGAGACUGAACUUUCUAAGUUGAUAAAACUCUUAGAUGUCUACAAUGAUACCGUGGCCGAGCGAACACACUUUCUCAAUUUGAUGCACGACACUCGCGAUAAAGUUAUAUUGGAUUCAGAGAUUAGCAGUUUUCGUGGUCCACAAUCAAGCGGUAAGAAUCUCGUCAACGCUCAGAUUGAGUACUUGUAG